ACUAGAAGAUUAUUGUUUCUUCUCUGGAGAGUGAACAUCUAAAGAAUUGAUUUCAAGGAUCUGGUAACAUGGCAAAAGAUGCCGGCCUAAUUGAAGCAAAUGGAGAGCUAAAGGUUUUUAUAGACCAAAACCUCAGUCCUGGAAAAGGAGUUGUUUCAUUAGUAGCUGUUCAUCCUUCUACUGUUAGCGCUGUCGGGAAGCAACUCUUGCCAAAAACUUUUGGGCAGUCUAAUGUCAACAUUACCCAACAAGUGGUAAUUGGUACACCUCAGAGAUCUGCUGCGCCAAAUACUAUCCUUGUAGGAAGUCCACAUACGCCUAACACACAUUUUGUAUCACAGAACCAGGCUUCAGACUCCUCACCUUGGUCGGCGGGGAAGCGCAAUAGAAAAGGAGAGAAGAAUGGCAAGGGAUUAAGACAUUUUUCAAUGAAGGUUUGUGAGAAGGUGCAGAGGAAAGGAACCACUUCAUAUAAUGAAGUGGCAGACGAGUUGGUCGCAGAGUUCAGUGCUGCUGAUAACCACAUUUUACCAAAUGAAUCACAGGCUUACGACCAGAAGAAUAUAAGACGGAGAGUCUAUGAUGCCUUAAAUGUCUUAAUGGCCAUGAAUAUUAUCUCGAAGGAGAAGAAGGAAAUAAAAUGGAUUGGUCUUCCAACCAACUCAGCUCAAGAAUGCCAGAAUUUAGAGGUAGAGAGGCAGAGAAGACUUGAGAGAAUAAAACAAAAGCAGUCUCAACUUCAAGAACUUAUUCUACAGCAAAUUGCCUUCAAGAAUUUGGUGCAGAGAAAUCGCCAAGCAGAGCAGCAAGCCAGCCGACCACCACCUUCCAACUCCGUCAUCCACCUCCCUUUUAUCAUUGUGAACACCAGCAAGAAGACGGUGAUCGACUGCAGUAUUUCUAACGACAAAUUUGAAUAUCUAUUUAAUUUCGACAACACAUUUGAAAUCCACGAUGACAUAGAAGUAUUAAAGCGUAUGGGCAUGGCUUGUGGACUAGAAUCUGGAAGUUGUUCUGCAGAAGACCUAAAAAUGGCAAGAAGUUUGGUACCUAAAGCUCUGGAACCUUAUGUGACAGAAAUGGCUCAGGGAUCAAUCAGCAGUGUAUAUGUCACAUCAUCAUCUGGUUCGACUUCAAGUGGCACAAGGUUUUCUGCCAGUGAUUUUACCAAUGGUACAGAUGGAAUGUUGGCAACGAGUUCCAAUGGCUCCCAGUACAGUGGCUCCAGAGUUGAAACUCCAGUAUCUUAUGUUGGGGAAGAUGACGACGAUGAUGAUGACUUUAAUGAAAAUGAUGAUGAAGACUGAUUUCUUGACGUGUAGACUUUUCCCUUCUUUCAAAUUCAGCUUCAGGAAUAAAUUGUUCUAGGGAAGAGAACUUUUUUUAAAAAUGUGGAUUUUUA